AUGGGAACCUUUAUUGGUCAUGUAUGCCCAGGCCUGUUUCUAAUCUUCUAUGGGUUGUAUCAGGCAAUUGCGGUCUCCAAAGCUGUGAUAUUCAACGGCUCACUCUCAUAUCCUUCAUAUCCUCCCAAGAAUAAGGGAAGAUGGGCCAAGCUGUGGAAAAUAUCCUUUGGAGGUUGGGCAAAGAUAGUGGCUGGCAUUUUCCUGAUAGUUUAUGAAAUCAACUGCAUCAAAGGAGGAAUGAUACUGAUGAACAGGGAGAUGCCACCAAGGUUCAUGUACCCCAAAGAGUGGCAGCACCUCACCAUGUUUGUCCUCCUCACCCUCAAUGGCUGUGCAGACGUCAUGAGCAAGAACAUGCUACCUCAGAGAUGCGUGGUCCUAGAAAAAGGCACCCUGGUCCUCAGCUUCUACGAGCUUCUGCUACUGUUGGCGUCCCAUGUUAAGGACUCAGAAGGAGUGGAGCUGCAGUUCCACUAUCUACUCAUGUUGGUGGUGUUCCUGUUGAUGGUGGUGCUGACCGCAGAGCUCUGGACUCCGGAGACGAUUCACCUCUGGCUGAUUAAGACUUUCCUGUUCCUGAUGAUGGGCUCCUGGCUGGUGCAGGCAGGCUUUCUGUACAAACCCAUCUCUGGCUUCCCAUGGGAUGAUGACGACAUCAGUGAUAUCAUGUUUGUCACCACCUUUUUCUGCUGGCAUGUGAUGAUCAACGCUCUGUGCCUGCUGGGAAUCUAUGGCUUCUCUUCUUUUUGGUAUCAUUGUUACCGCCCCAGCUUGAAGCUUCGGGGAUCCACAGAAGUUCCGUGUCAUGAGAGCACUCCAGGAGCUCGCUACAGGCUGCUGCUGGAAGCGGAGCAGCCAGAGAAGGAUGACCAGGCUCCCCUCCUUUCAAAGAGCUCACACUGA